AUGAUUUCAUCCCGAAGGAAGACGCGGACGCACAAGCGGUCGGCUUCAAUGUCGAAUGCCCCAGGAUAUGAUGAUGAUGAAUUCAACGAACCCCCUCCGCAGCACCCGACCUCCUCUUCACCCGCAAAAAAGUUUGUCACCAAUGUGAGACGGACACUCAGCCAAACGAGGCAGAGAAAGAGAGACGCAGAGCCAGUGAGUCGCGCGGUCUCGUUGUGCUAUCUUCAGUAUGCUGAAGGCGUCGACCAUGUGCAGCAAGAAGCAAUGCCGCCUCCGCCGUACGCACCGUCCUCAAGUCACUACCGUUAUCACGACCCCUCUACAGUGCCCUCCACAUUUCCUCCGACCCUUGAGCAAAUAGCCAUGGGCUUACAUAUCUCACGCACGCCUCACUUACGGACGAUGACAGUUGGUCUCCGAGGAAGGGGAAACUCUUCCGUCGGAAGAACCCCCAAUACCCCUGACGUCGCACAAGUGUACUAUUCGCCGUAUCUGUCGCAGAGCAAUGGCAGCACGAUAGUCGGAACCUCGCGUUCCCAUUCCAGGUCCAGCUCGCGUGCUCAUGCGCGAACUCCCCCCGUCCAAGCUCCCCCAGUUCCUAUCUUGCCACAACGCUCCGUAUCUCUUCCGCCCCCGCCGCAACGUUCGUCCCUCAAACGCCCCUCUAGCCACACUCCCGAACCCACACCACGGUCUACAUCCACGACACCUGGUUUGUCCAACGGUUCUGUCACAUCCGCCUCGACCGAGUCUAGUCUCAGCACUACCCGUUCGUCGCUACGAGGACGCUCACUCCUUAACUUGUCACUCAAAGGUAGAGUGGGUUGGCUCCUACCGGGCAAGGGCAAGCAGGCAAAGAACAGCUCUGACACACGCUUAGCUGUGGCUUACGAAGGCGACGAACAAAUUAUUAGGAAGGCCGUGCGAUUUGAUGAGCGUGUCUCAGUCGAUGCCCAGCGCGACAGCGAGGAGCUUGCACACACAACUUCUUCUACCCCGGGGACAGGCCGUUCGUAA